ACACCAACCAAAGCUUCUCUCUUUUUUGUCCUCCGUUGUGGUUUUUGUUUACUGUCUUGACGAUGAUGUCUUCCGCUGAUCCUUUGGUGGUUGGUCGUGUGAUUGGUGAUGUUAUUGACAUGUUCAAUCCAUCUGUUUCCAUGUCUGUUUACUAUGGUCCUAAACAUGUCACCAAUGGCUGUGACAUUAAGCCAUCCAUAGCUAUCAACCAACCCAGGAUCACUCUUACUGGAAAUAGGACCAGCCUCUACACUCUGGUUAUGACUGAUCCUGAUGCACCAAGUCCCAGUGAACCAAGCUUGCGCGAGUUCGUACACUGGGUUGUGGUUGACAUUCCUGGAGGAACAAACCCAAAACGAGGACAUGAGAUUUUGUCUUACAUAGGACCUAAGCCGCCAGUUGGGAUUCACAGGUUCAUUCUGGUUCUCUUUGAGCAGAAGGGACCUAUAGGAUUGCUGGAGCAGGCACCAAAUCGGGUCAAUUUCAACACUCGUUAUUUUGCGAAUCAGUGGAAUCUUGGUCUUCCAGUAGCUACAGUCUACUUCAACUCUCAGAGAGAGCCUCUAACUAAGAGACGCACUUGAAGGCAUUUUGAAUUAAUAAUGUUAGUUGCUGCAUAAGUUAAGUUAGUACUUCAUCAUCAGUUAGUAUCAUGAAUAAUGGAGGGAGAGAGUAUAUGUAUAUAGUUAUAUAUAUAGUCUCAGACCUAUGAACAAUGUGCUACUUCUAUGUGACCUCUUGUGGUUCACAUUACAUUUCUUCUUUCUAUCUAUGUGUGCUUUUCAUGUCAUUUGGUAUUUAUGAAACUAUAUUAUGUUGUGUUAA